AUGGCUUUGGAAAUAGACGAGGUAGAAGAGACAGCAGCAUUGUGCCGCGAGAUUAACCCCAAGGUUUUGAUCAAGGUGGCUGCAUUUGAUGUCACAAACUACCAACAGGUUGAAGGUUUCGUCAAAGAAGCCGAUGCUGAGUUCCAUGGUCUUCACGUUCUUCUGAUGAAUGCGGGACGGCCUCCCCAGUGGCUCCUAACAGCAGAGAGCGACCCUGCGAUCUGGUGGAAUACUGUAGCAGUAUCGCUUCAAGGGGGGUUCAACUUCAUUCGCACUGUACUGCCCAUCAUGCAACAUCAAGGAGACGUACGCAUCAUUUUCACUUCCAGUUCUGGCGCACACACGAACUUUGGCAUGAGCAGCUACGUGCUCGGCAAGCUCAGGCUUGUCCGCCUUUCCGAGAUCAUACAUCACGAAAACUUCAAAGACUAUAUUGUUAAAUGCUUCUCCUUUAAUCCUGGCGUUAUACGGACAAGGUUCUUCACUGAUUUUCGGGACCAUUUUGAGGGCAAGCACAGAAAUGACGGCUACUUGUCGCAUGAUGCUGAGAACGAAGACAAGUCUGCCGAGACGGCUGUCAAAAUCUUAGAGAGUGUUACCCCUCAUACUCCAGAGCUUGCAGCAGGACUCGUAACUGUGAUUGCAAGUAGGAAGCUAGACUUGAUGUCUGGACGGUACCUUGAUGCUACCAGGCACGUUGAAGAUUAUCAGAGGGAGGAGGAGACUAUCCGCAACAAUGACCUCCAUCGAGUCCGUCUUAAUGCUGGAUCGGGUCUAUUCCUCCCAAAUCUAGACUUUUGA